AUGCUUUCAACUACAGUUUUCGUCUCCGGUGCCAAUGGUUUCAUUGCCCAACACAUUGUCAAACAAUUAAUUUCCAAGAACUACAAGGUGCUUGGUUCCGUUAGAGCUGCUACCAAAGGGGAAGAACUUGCUGCUAAUCUCAACUCUCCAAAUUUUUCUUAUGUUGUGGUUCCUGAUAUUGGUGUUGCUGGUGCAUUUGAUGACGCACUCAAGUCCCACCCUGAAGUCAUUAUUUUUCUUCACACCGCUUCGCCAUUCCGUUACGAUAUACAGGAUAUCGAAAAGGAAUUGUUGAAUCCAGCUGUCAAUGGUACCAAGAAUGCAUUGAAGUCUGUUCAGGAAUAUGCUCCUCAGGUUACCAACGUUGUUGUUACUAGUUCAUUUGCAGCCAUCGGAUGGUCCAACAAGUAUUUUGACCCCACCAAGGUAUCUACUGAAGAAGACUGGAACCCUCAAACUUGGCAAGAUGCUUUGGCCAAUCCUGAUGAUGGAUACCUUGGCUCCAAGAAAUUUGCGGAACAAGCAGCAUGGGAGUUUGUCAAGAUCGAACAGCCUAAUUUUAGAUUGACUACAGUUAACCCACCAGUUGCUUUUGGUCCUCAAGCUUUCCCAAUUAAGAACAAGAAGGAAUUGAAUACUUCUGCAGAAGUUAUUAACGGAUUAUUAAAACUUCAACAAGGUUAUGACAUUCCUGAAGUACGUCACUUAUUUGUUGAUGUCCGUGAUGUUGCUGCUGCUCAUAUUUCAGCUUUUGAAAAUCCCGACGCUGCCGGUAAAAGAUUGUUUGUAUCUUCUGGUCCAUGGAGUGCCCAGGGAAUUGUUAAUAUUUUCCACAAGAAUUUCCCUCAAUUGAGCUAUAUUCCAAUCGGGGAACCCUGGAAGGAUACUCUAUACAGAAGUUCAACCUUUAAGUUUGAUAAUUCCAAAACUGUUGAGAUUUUGAAGGUUGAUUUAAGACCAUUAGAGGUUUCUAUUGUUGAUGCAGUUCAACAAAUUUUAGAAGCUAAGUGA